AUGAAUUGGAAUGAUCUUCAAACCCACAUGUUCAUUCGCACUCAAUAUUCCAACAUAUAUCAACAAUUGUUAGUAUCUUCAGAUCGAACUGCUAACGAAAUAAUUCAUAGAGAUAUUGCUAACAUUAUCUCUGAAUUGCAAUCACGUUUGAGUACACUUCAAUGUAGACAAUUGAUUGUAUUCAAUGCAACGAUUGUUCAUCUAACAACUAUUUUAUUUAAAAUACGUCAAUUGCAUCACACUAUUCCAUCAAGCCUUGAAGGACCAGCAUCAACUUCAACAAGACUCUCAGUUUCUGGAGGUGCUAUAGACCGUAAUAAUAAUAGUAAUAAUAGAGGUAAUUCAUCAUAUAUAUCUAUGCCAAAAUGGAUUUUGAAUACGCACGCUGUAGUAAAUAUAAAGAAUAAUGAUAAUAAAUGUUUUAUCUGGUCUGUCCUCGCUGCAAUCCAUAAAUUGCAUGAUAAUAAUGGUAGAGUAAAUAGCUAUUAUAGAUAUGAAAAAGAUCUCAUUGUUGAUGGUAUUGAUUUUCCUAUGAGUUGGAAAUCAAUCAAACUUUUUGAAAAAAUUAAUCAUUUAAGAAUCAAUGUAUAUGGAAUAGAAGUUGAUGAUGAUGAUGACGAUGUUGAAGAUCUUCCGAAUAUUAAUGGAAAACGUGUCGUGCGGAAUCAUGAAAGGAAGAAGAAAUUCAAGAAUUCUCAUAAAAUUGUUCCAUAUUAUCUAAACACUGAAUGUAUUUUAAAACCGAUCGAUCAUGAAAGUAAAAGUAUGAAAACUCAUGAAUAUCAAAAGCAUAUUCCAUGUAGUUUGGGAUUUUAUAUAAAAUGUUCAUAUAAUGAUUCUCUAUCUGAAUUCAAAUUUAAACGAGAUGUAGAUUGUGUUGAGUGGUUUGUAGAUGAACUUUUUAAAACUGCGAAAAAAGUUGACAAUAUUUUAUCAGAUAUUAAACCGUUAAGGUUGACGUAUGAUGAAGAGUGUUCUUUUUUUGCUGCUAAAAUUUGUCAUAUUUGUGAAAAAAGAUUUGUAGAAGAAAAUAUUAAAGUUAGAGAUCACGAUCAUAUCACAGGUGCUUAUAGGGGUGCAGCUCAUCAAGAUUGUAAUAUCAAUUAUCAAGAUUCUUGUGUUAUUCCGAUAGUUUUCCAUAAUUUAUCAGGAUAUGAUGCUCAUUUUAUAAUCAAAAGCUUAAACACGCGGUUUCCAGGUAAAAUUGAGUUGCUACCCUUGAAUAAAGAAAAUUAUAUUUCCUUUACAAAACAUGUUGAUAAUACGAAGAUUAAAUUAAGAUUUAUUGAUUCAUUCAGAUUUAUGGCUAGUUCAAUUGAUACAUUAGCAAAAAAUUUAGAAAAUAGUAAGAAAAAAAUUUCCAGAAGUUUUUGUAUGAAUAAUGAUGAGUUUGAAUUGUUGACAAAAAAAGGUGUUUUCCCUUAUGAUUAUUUAAAUAAUUGGGAUAAAUUUAAUGAUAAGCAACUUCCUUCAAAAAUAAAUUUUUAUUCAAAAUUGAAUGAUGAGAAUAUAUCUGAUGAAUUAUAUAAUCAUGCAAGCAAUGUAUGGGAAAAAUUCAAUAUUCAGACAUUAGGUGAAUAUUCAGAUUUAUAUUUACGUUCUGAUAUAAUAUUACUUGCUGAUAUAUUUGAAAAUUUUCGUGAAACUUGUCUUCAAGCAUACAAAUUAGAUGCUCUACAUUAUUAUACAGCUCCGGGAUUAAGUUUCGAUGCCAUGUUAAAAAUGACGAAAUCUGAACUUGAAUUGUUACCUGAUCCUGAUAUGGUUUUAUUUAUUGAAAAAGGUAUACGUGGCGGAUUAUCACAAUGCUCAAAUAGAUAUGGGAAAGCCAAUAACAGAUUUAUGGAAGAAUACGAUCCGUCCAAACCAGAGUCUUAUUUAAUGUAUUUCGAUGUUAACAAUUUAUACGGUGGGGCGAUGUCACAAAUGUUACCAACUCAUGAUUUUAAAUGGGAUAAUGAUUUUGAUGAAACACUGAUAACUUCAAUUUCAGAUGAAUCGAGUAUAGGUUACAUAUUUGAAGUUGAUUUAGAAUAUCCAUCAUAUCUGCAUGAACAACAUAAAGAUUUACCAUUAGCUCCAGUUCAUGAAAAACCUCCAUUACCUACUAGUAAAUGUAAAAAAUUAUUAGCUACGUUAAAUCCAAAACAAAAAUAUGUUGUUCAUUAUCAAAGUUUGAAACAAUACUUAUCUUUAGGUAUGAAAUUAAUAAAAAUCCAUAGAGCUUUAAGAUUUGAACAAAGUGCUUGGUUGAAACCAUACAUAAAUUUGAAUACUGAAUUACGUCAACAAGCUAAGAAUGAAUUUGAAAAAUCAUUUUUCAAAUUAAUGAAUAAUGCAAUCUAUGGAAAAACAAUGGAAUGUGUAAGAAAUCAUAGAGAAAUUAAAUUGGUUAGCAAAUAUGAGGGACGAUGGGGAGCUCGAAGUCUUAUUUCAAAACCAAAUUUCGCUUCAUCAAAAAUAAUUGAUGAUUUAAAAAAAUUUAAUGAAAAUGCAAAAUAUCUUUAUGGUGAUACAGAUUCAUGUAUUUAUCAAUUUACCAUACCUAAUAUUUAUGAUCAUAUUAAAGAAGAUAUUCAUAAGUUUGAUACAUCUGAUUAUAAAGUAGAUAAUCAGUAUGGUAUACCUUUAGCGAAUAAGAAAGUCGUUGGAUUAAUGAAAGAUGAAAAUAAUGGUAAUAUAAUGACUGAAUUUAUAGGAUUAAGGAGUAAGCUGUAUAGUUAUAAAGUAAGAAUAGAAUCAGAAGCAAGAGAUAAAACUCAUUCUAGAGCAAAAGGUGUUAAAAGAUCAGCAAUGAAAAAAAUUAUAUUUGAUGAUUAUAAAAGAUGUCUUCAGAAUGAAAUAGAAAUAUUUCGAAAGCAAAAUUUGAUACGCUCUCAUAAUCAGCAAUAA